UGCUCUGCCAUGUCGAAGCCCACUCAAAACCGUGUGCUUUUUCUCAGUCUUUUCUAUUGCAGCGAAAGCGUCCACUCUCUCUCUCUCUCUCACCGUUUCUUAAAUCAAACAGUUCACAGAACUUUCUUUCUGAUCUUCCUUUAACCAACGAAACAGCUCCGAUAUACGCAGAAAUUAAGUAUCAAAGUCGUUGCUUUCACAAUUGAUAAGUGUCUCUGCUCAUUUUGUGACAGCAAGUGAGCCUGUAGCAUUUUCCUCCAAGAUGUUCUCAUUGCCUGAUUCUCAAAAAAGACCAAAGAAUGGUUCCAAAAGGUGAUUUGGUUAUUAUUGGCAUAUCUGUUGGUCUGGCUCUUGGCCUUUUUAUAGCAGCCCUUGUGUUUUUUGGCAUACGGUGGUACAAAAAACGUGCUCAUCUGCGACAAUGUGCAAAUGACCGUAGUGCAACAACUCUUCCCCUGAUACGCACAAAUGGCCUAGGUACAAGCAUUGAUUAUAGUGCUUCUAUCUCAAAUUCUAUUGCAGACAAGGGAUCAGAUUUCCUUGCCAAAAAUUCUCAGCCAUCGUGGUGGAGUCACCGUAGUAAAGAUCGGUUUGCUUCAGCAUCUGGCAUACCAAGAUACUCUUUCAAGGACGUUCAGAAAGCUACACAAAACUUCACAACUAUUUUGGGAGAGGGAUCUUUUGGUCCAGUGUGUAAAGCUACUAUGGCUACUGGUGAAGUAGUUGCCGUGAAGGUUCUUGCUUCUGAUUCAAAACAGGGAGAGAAAGAGUUUCAAACAGAGGUAUCUCUACUAGGUAGGCUGCAUCACCGUAAUCUGGUGAAUUUGGUUGGAUACUGUGUAGAUAAAGGCCAACACAUGUUAAUUUAUGAGUUCAUGAGUAACGGAAGCCUGGCGAACCUUCUAUAUAGUCAAGAGGAGCUGGUAUUGAGUUGGGAAGAACGGCUUCAAAUAGCUCUUGAUAUUUCACAUGGAAUUGAGUAUCUUCAUGACGGGGCAGUCCCACCCGUCAUACAUAGGGAUUUGAAGUCAGCGAACAUAUUGCUAGACAGAUCGAUGAGAGCCAAGGUUGCUGAUUUUGGACUGUCGAAAGAAGAGGCCUUCGAUGGCCACAAAUCAGGCAUUAAAGGAACAUACGGCUACAUAGAUCCUGCUUACAUAUCCACAAACAAGUUCACGAUGAAGAGUGACAUAUACAGUUUUGGCAUUAUCCUUUUUGAACUCAUCACAGCCAUCCACCCUCAUCAAAACUUGAUGGAAUAUGUCAAUCUUGCGGCUAUGAGCCCAGAUGGUGUGGAUGAAAUUCUUGACGAGCGACUUGUGGGAGAGUAUAACAUUGUAGAAGUGAGAGGCCUAGCUAGCAUUGCCCACAAAUGCUUGCACAAAACACCCAGAAGGCGGCCUUCGAUUGGAGAAGUUUCGCAGGCCAUAUUGAAGAUAAAACAGAGGCAACUUGCCAAAGAAGAUACCAUGUCUUUUGCAGGAGAAGAUCUUUCACGUAUGAUAAGCCGGAUAGAGCUUCAACAAGUGGAGCUGAGUAAGAUGGCCAGCAUAAAAAUAACUGCAUGACAUUGUUUUUAAUCUCGCUCAACCUUUACCUUUCCCCUUCGAGUACAUGAAAUAUAGAGGAACGAAUCAUGUUUCACCACACACACACACACACACAUUUGCUUCUUCAGGGCAAUUGUUGUAACAGCCCCAUCAUAGGUCAGUCUGAGCCUGUUCUGGAUCAGUACAUUGUAUGACUAGCAAAUGUUAAAUGUAAGCACCUCAGCAACACCAUAUACCCAGUCAUGAAUCCAAUAUCAACGGGAAAAAGUUUUUGUUUGUGAUAGUGUAAAUUUAUUGCUACAUGUGGUUGCUAGUUGGGACUUAUUUCAAACAGAUUCAAUUGAUUAAACAUGUACCAAAAUAAUUGAACAGUGAAUUGCAGCAAAAUGAACAAUCUGCAACCA